AUGGUAAAACAAACGCCGAAGAAGCUUCUCUUGGCUGCCGCUACUGUAGCGUCUCUUCCAGCUCUUGCUUCGGCAGGAGCUCGUGACUACGCACAAUUGGGACAACCGUGUAUGCAACGGUACGAUUCCAGUGCCAAAGUCUACAAGGACAUCAGCUCCUUGUGGAAGCGCAAUGACAAGUGCCAGCCUGGUCUCUUGUCCAAUUCCACCACUACGAGUCCAGCCGAGUCUAGAUUCGCUCUUACCUGCUUUGUGGCACCCAACGACACAGGAAUGGAUCCUCGGUCCGGAACCAUGGACCUAGAAGGAACCUGUCUCAAGUCGAGCUGUGUUGGAGUCAACUACGACAACGUUGACAUUCUUCCAGAAGAUCAAGAACGCGUGACUAUCUGUCACCGCACCGAAAACGAAUUGAAUCCAUGGGUUCGAAUGACUGUGGACAAACAAGCCUGGUCUGACUCCAAUAACGACUGCGGCUUUACUACGGAAGAUUACAUCGUCAAGGAGCACGGUUCUCCCAAUCUUGUGCAAGACCAAAUGAACAAGGGACAUAUUACUGACUUUACUACUACCCAAGAGUACUGGGGAUACUGGGAACGCGCCUGUCCUUAUGUUCGUCAAUCUCCAGAACACACCCACCGCUGUUGUCAAGGUCCUGACUGUUGCGGGGAUGCCAGAGAUGACGCGCCACAAGAACCAGAAUCUCCUGCCACUGCCACUGCCACUGCUCAAUUCGAGCGAAAACUAGAAGGUCCUGGGUGCAAGGCUCCUCCCCAAGAGGCCUACACUCAAAGUAUCUACGUUACCUUCAUGGGUGAAGCAGGCCAAGAGGGUAUGGAUCUUGAGGCUCGCAUUGCUGCUUCUGGAACUUCCAUAACAGAAAUGCAAGAAGAGAUCAAGAACAUCUACAACACUCAAGGAAGGUUCGGACAGUGUGUCUUUUUCCAACGUCUUAUUGAGUCUGUUACCUUUGACACGAUCGAGCCUAUCGUGCCUGCCAUCAACAAGGAGUACUUGUUGACUGGUUUCAGAGCCAAGGCUACUGUUACUGGCCUGUGUACCGGAUGCCAGGAACACUUGUUCCUUCCAACCGAUUCGUGCCGGGACACUGAGCCCUCCUCUUGUAAUACUUGUCAAAUCCCCAAUUCCGAUGAAGGAGAAAUCAUUCAACUUGCCGGAAAGGAUCUCUACCCACAAAUCAACUCAAACCUUGGAACCGCAGGCGAAGCCGCCGAGAUCAUCCGUAUUGAAGGAGACGUGGUUGGAGAACCCGCCUGUGAUCCCAAUCAACUCAAGUACUUGGAAUCCACAGGCGAGGUGGUCUGUCUAUGA